GGCAGAUCUCCCACCCAUACCCCUCCCCGUCCCAUGUCGACCACCGGAUGUCUCCAUAACCUGUCCCUUUCACGGUCACCCGGUGGGCCGUCCUCACCUUGGUCCUCACUAUAUAUAUCGACGGGAGCGCCGGGGACGGUAUCACACUACAGACGCAUCUCCCAAAGGGACAACCACCAGACUCACCUCGUACAAUCAUGAAGAUGUUUGUGGCCCUGUUUGCCGUGGUGGCCGCCGCGGCCGCCGGCUCCCCCGGCUACGGACCCACCCCGGCCGUCCGCGCCGCCGCCGCCGCCGCCGCUCCGCUGCCUCUGGUGCGCAUCCUCGAGUCGGAGAGCCACAGCGACGACCAGGGCGGCUACGGGUUCCGCUUCCUCUCCGAGGACGACAUCGAGCGCCAGGAGCAGAGCGCCGACGGCACCGUCACCGGCUCCUACAGCUACCGAGCUCCCGACGGACGGCUCAUCAGCGUGCGCUAUGUGGCCAACGCGCUGGGCUUCCGCGCCGAGAGCGACGCGCUGCCGACGCCGGUGCCGACCGAGUACCCGACGCCGCAGGUGCCGUCCACGGAGGCGGCGCCGUCCGUGCGCACCGUGCAGCAGUACUCGGCGCCUGCUGAGCGGCCGGCCGUCCGGCAGCCGGCCGUCGAGUACGAGCCCGUCUACAGCUACCGCGCCGUCUCUCAGUGAGGGGUCACGGGUCGCGGGUCAGCCCGUCAGCCGGGGAGACGACGGGACGACGGAGGCACGCUGGACGCGAUUAACGGAUUUUUGACUGAUAUGGAUGUAUCGAUGGUAAUGACCGUAUUUAUUGUGAUGUAGCGUUGUGAGUCCCUGGUUAUUUAUUGUUCUUUGUCAUUUGUUAGAUCGCUGUGGAAUCGGCCGAUGAUGUGAUUCCUAUGUGAAACAAUACAUUCGCUUUUUCAUUUA